GUUGGUGAUCAAACAUUAUAACGGUUUGAGUCCUCACAGGUAGGCAGUCUCUCCUGAAAGUCGAGUUUGUAGCCUCGUUCCGCUCCUUUUCCCAAGAUGAACAUAAUUAUUCUCCAGCUGUUCGCAGCCGGAUUCUGCUUUGCAACCGUUCAAACUCUGAUGUGCUACCAAUGCGACUUUGGUAUUGGGGACCUGUGCCUUACGACUAAAACCACAUGUGAAAGCGGAGAACAAUGCUUCCGUGGUGUCGGGGUAGCAGUCGGUGUCGUGGACAUUAAGAAGAAGGGCUGUAUAGCAAAGGCCAAGUGCAACGUCAGCGAGGAGACGACCUUGCCCUCCAGCAUCUCCAACGCCACAAUCUACUCCAUGACCAAGAUAUGCUGCAACACCGACCUGUGCAACACCGACCUGUGCAACGCUGCGCCCGGUCUGCCCGGGACCUCCGGGCUGAGCCUGGCCCUCGCCACCAUCACUGCUCUGUGUGUGGCCAACAUCCUGGUUUAAAAGUAAACAAGGCGGAUGACACUAGUUACACAUUCACUCGCACACUCUCUGACACACACACACACACGCACUACAUAUUGCACACACAUCAGCACUAUAAGAAAUCUCCUCAGACAUGAUUUUUUCAUUUUUAAAUGUUCUCCAAAUGGGUCUUGUGUUUACUGUUCUUGAAGUGUAUUGUACUUUACUCAAUGACAAAAAUGAAAUUCCCCCUUUUCUUUUGUAUUGUGUUAAUCAGUAAGCUGUCCCAGCGUUGAGGGUUUAAAGUAGCCUACAAUUAACUUGAAUGAGGAGUAAAAUGUUUAGAUGAAUUAAUCGCAUGUUCACUGAUUGGUUUUGUAGGUCAUCUAGCACCAUUACAAUUUAAAGGAAUUCCAACAUUUUGGGGAAAUGGGUUUAUUUGCCUUUUUUUGCCAAGAGUUUGAUUAGAAGAACGAAACUGUCCUUUCUGUAAACGUGAAGCUACAGCCAGCAGCCAAUGAGGUAACGGCUAGCAUGGUGCAGUCCGAAGGUUAAAAACCAAAGUGCCAACAGCGCCACUAAAGCUCACUAAUUACCAUGUUUCACCUCAUUUGUUUUAUCUUUAAAAGUGUAAAAACAAGUAUCUCAUAACUAGUGAGCUUUAUAGGUGGCAAGUGAUAUUUUAUAUUAAUUUCACUUAUUUAGUUAAAUUAAAGUUAAA